GCAGCCGACUUAUGUUAAAGCUAGCCAGAGGGCCAGGCCGAGCCACUACUACCAGUACACAGUACACACACAGAGAUGUGACUUCCUGUGUAGAGUGUGUUCAGUGACACAGUCUACUUCCUAUCCAGAUUGGCAGUGGAAGCCAAGGGGAGCACUACUACUACACACGCCACGCUGUACUGUAUACAAGGUUACAGCAACGUUUGUUGUCUUCUAUCGCUGUAUUCCUCUGCUGUUGACAUGGUGGCAGUGGUGGACUUACAGUAUAGCCACAUCAUGUGUUACAUUUAUUAGGCCAUUACAACAUAAAACACCUUCUCACCAUUUUCUGUGUCAAUUCCGCUACAUUGACUGGUGGUGAGGCGACACAUUUUUGUCACAGUUGUUUUUACAGUCGUAAAAAUUGUGAUUCAUUUUAUAAAAUUUUGGAUUUAUGAUUACUAAUUACGACUAUAUGAAGAGAUGUGGUGUUGUGUGUACUGUGAGUGUACUGAGUAACUCUGGUAUUGCUGUCACCAUUACCAGUCUGUGGACUUGUAUCCUCACUACGGCGUGUGACAUGUGUGUAAAAACUACAUAAUUGUUUGUUACAAUGAAAUUCUACGGUUCAAAUCAAUCUAUGGUAUUUAUAACCUGUACUGUUGGUGAAAGAAAAAUAGAUUCGUAAGUGGACCGGUAUAUUUGAACAAGUGUCAGAUUUUGUGGAUUGUGUGGAAAAAAAUUACAAAAAAGUCGACAUGAUGCAUUUAGAAGGAUUACGAAUGGAAUAUGACACGACACCAGUGUUGGAUUUGUCUAUUAGAAAAUACCGACGAGAAUCAGUAGACUCUUGUUCAGAACAAGGGCUAGAUUUAACAUCGGAUUCGAGACGAGAUGUAGAUGGCGAAAACAAGCCAGGAGGCAGAACAUACAAGAAAAAUCUUAUGAAAAGAUAUCUGGACGCUUGUGAGCAGCAGACCAAACAUGGCAGACAAGCGGCAGCAGAAGCACUGCUCAGUAUGGACUCUCCAAGCACCAACUCCGAGAGUAAAACCUUUCUACAGGGAAUCUUACAGCAAAAUCCAAAUACAGCACUGCCACCAAGUCCAGCAGACACCGACAGUGGCACCGACAGUGGUAUCUCAGAACCCGAAAGUAGUAACCUUGAGGACAAGGCCAGAAUUCUGGGUCUCUCAGAUGCUUACACAUCAGCCUUUUUAGGGAACAUUCCCAGGUCCUCUCCAGCGCCAUUCAUCCCUUCUUAUUGCCAACAGGGGCCACCAGCUCAGUCCAUCCAGCCCCCUCCAGCUCACCAACCACUCCCCGCACACUUCAACACAGCCACACAUGUGGCCAUGCGACCAGAUCAUGUGUACCCAUCCAGUCCAUUGCUAUCCUCUCCCAUUAGUCUACACCCCUCCCUCGACUCCGGCAGCCUGUCGCCUACAACCCCACCAUCAUCGCCUAUCCGACACAAGAGUAAAAAAGGUCGCAAACCAAAAAAUCCCUUGGAAUGCCCGAUAAACCAACCUAAACGAAAAAGAGAAAGUAGUACAACAUACUUGUGGGAAUUCCUUUUACAACUGCUACAAAACAGAGAGACCUGUCCUAGGUAUAUUAAAUGGGCCAACCGGGAAAGGGGAAUCUUCAAGCUGGUCGACUCCAAGGCUGUGUCCAAACUGUGGGGACUUCACAAGAACAAGCCAGACAUGAACUAUGAAACCAUGGGAAGAGCAUUGAGGUACUAUUAUGCGAGGGGAAUACUAAAUAAGGUUGACGGGCAGCGACUUGUGUACCAGUUUGCUGAAGUGCCUAAGUCUAUUAUAGAGAUUGACUGUGGGAAUGUCUGAGGGUCCAGUCAGUAGAAAUGAGCCUUCUCACAAACACUAUAGGGCCGAGGGGCCAAGAGUGGUCCCCAGUCUCUGGCCCUCCUGCAAUCACGAUGUGCCAUAGCUCAGCUAUCAGCUAUAGACUCCACUAUGACUCCCAGGAGUCGAGAAACACUAGAGGUCUGUUCAAGUUGGGGUGCCAAGUAAUUUGGACUUGAAGUCGAAGAAGAUUUCUGUCUGGACAUUCAAUUACGAAACUGAAAAUGACAAAGAAAUUCAUCUCGGACAGUUUAAUUAUUGCAGUUGUAUUUUCUUGGACUAUUGUACAGUUCAGAAUGGACGUGAUUGCUGUGAUUAAUCAGCCACGAUCAGUGUAUCGGUAUACAGAGUGGCCGGUAUACAGAGUGGCCGGAGAGACUAAGUGAAAUGGAACUGGACAGGAAUGGAGCUCCAUUUUCAUCAGUCAGUCGACUUAAAAAACAUAUUCAGGGAUGUUUGAAUAUUGCGACUGUGUUUGAGUGGGAGUGAUGCCUGUAACUUGUGUGACAAGUUUGUUUUGGAUGAAUGAAGUGAACUGUUAAGAGUGAGUGUUGGUGGUGAGUGUUUAAGAGUUUAAAUGCGUAUUGAUACAAUAUUAUAAUAUUAUUAUACGAGUGGAGGUUUUCUUCUUUUUUUUUUAGAAAACAUUAUUAGAAAAAAGGUUUGUUCUAUUUUAAAAUUGCAUUAUGCAGGUGUGAUAUAUUCCUUACGUAUAGGACCACUCCAUACAUUUUGUCAAAACUACAAUCACUCAACCCAGCAACCAGAAAUUGUUUCAUACAGACGUGAGUGCAGACAAGUAUGAACAUGAUUAGGAGGACAACAGGAACUGCCUCAUUUCGUGUGUGAUAUAAGGUUAUAGUGCUGUAUUUAGGGGAGGAAACAAGUGCUGCCAUGUUAAACCCAGGCCUAAGUUGUCCUAAAUACAUACAAAAUAUCAGUAUAGGUACAGUUAAAAUAACUAAUUAAUGUGAUCUGACACACCAGUGUCAAACCCAUGGGCCUAGAUAGGAAAUCACUUAGAAAAACUUAACCAUUGAAAUGAAAAUCAUUUUAAAAUUCUUUCAAGUAAUUAGGAUGAAUGUUAAAAACUCAUUUAAAACUGAUUUGAAAUUUUAUAUUCAGAUGUUACAGUAGAUUUUGCAGAUCCAUGUAAAUAAAGUAUAUUGUCCUAAGGUACAUUUCUGGUGCCAUUAUCAUUUCUCUGAUAGAACCCUAUCAUCACAACGAAGAGUAACUGUAUCUGGUCGUGUUACACAGAAUAACUUAGGGCAGGGCAGUUUACAUAGUCAAAUGCUGGGAGAGUGUGCUUGAAGCCAAAAUUUUUCCAUUAUAACUUUUUUACCCAAGUUAAACAUUCCUGUUUCAUACAUGAUUUACCUGACGUUGACCCACUUAAAGUGUUCAAAUAGCCUACCUGUUCUCACCUGUAGUCACGUGUCAAUGACAGGUGGUGAGGAUCUUGUCUUAUGCGUUUUGGGCGUGUCCCUGCUAACCUGACUCAUCUUACUUGGCUGUAUUUUACCUGUAUCCAGGUGUAACAGACAGGUUUUUUUUGUUCUUUCAAGUUCAGCUUUCUAGGUUUUCUUAUCCUGAUCAAAUUGAAUUGAAAAAACAUUGCAAACAGACAAAUAUUUAUUGAUCAGUUAAACUCCAAAUAAAUUGAGAUUUGUUUAACUGCACUGUUUAUAAAACAAAAAGUUUUUUAAUUGGUAACAUGUUAUUUAUUAAGCUAACAAAUAUCUGAAGAGUUGGCCCCUGGAAGUUAGCAGUGCAUGAAAUAAAGCCUGAAUACUUCCUAUUUAUCAUGGUAUCAGGCGUACAACUCGAAGCGACAGUGUCAUAUUUAUUAAAGUUUUACCCAGUUGAUACUAAGGUGAACUGGUGAAUUAAAAGUUAUUUUUAUCUCAAGGAGUGAGUUGUGGUUUCAUAAGGCUUUAAUUGUAUUCAGAAAACUGAGAUGUUGUGUGUAACUGUUAAGGAAGUCAAACUUCCCUGAUCAGUAUCGCAUUAUUUUACUUUGAUGAGUAACUUUGGGUCCAUGAUUUCAACUGAAUAGGCAAGUAUAUUAAUAAAUUUCACUUGACAAAUGAAAUACCAUUGAUGCAGAUAGAUCUGAUUUUGAGCAGCUAUAUACUGUGUUUGUCCUUCCUUUCUCAUUUUAUCAUUUAUCAUUUCACAAUUGUGCAAUUUUCCACAAUUAAAGGGGUCCAAUAUUUGUUUUCCUACAGUCUACAGGGCUGCAACACACUGGAGGUCGGUAGACAGAGGAUGAUAUACAUUCUCUUCAUUCAGAACAUUCAUCUUGUUGUGGCAAAAACCAUUGACAUUCAUCGAUUAAGAAGUACAAAAGAGCUUGGUUGUGUAUCUAUGUAGAAUAUCUGUUUGAGGUAUGGUGGUUUAAAUUUUAUCACACUAGGAAAGUUGAGGAAUCAACGGGGCUAAGUGAAGGCUUGAGAAUCACAUCAUUUUGAUGUAGUCAAGUAUACAGUUUUUGGCAAAAGGUCACAUUCUGUGGCAGGCAGGCAGUUGUAGGCAUCAUUUAGCACAGUACUCUACAAAGUGCAGUGGAGAAGUUCUCGUGCAGAUCAGUCCUGAUUAGGUCAUCAUUAAAAUUCCUCCUCCACAUCUCUGCUUUAUAUCUUGCCUGCAUCAAAUCUAUUGACUGUGUUCUCAAGGUCAAUCAGGACAUAUAUUAACCUUGACCCGCCUUUGACCUUAAUUAGGUAGUCACCGGUUUAUGGUAUCCUACAUAAAUGUACAACGCUAUGUAGUAUGUCCUUGGUGUUUACUAUUGAUCUAUGUUCCACUAAGUACAGGAUUUCUGACAAGGGAUAACCUGCUGUCCUCCUCCUCCAGUAUGUGAAGUGGGUAUUUACAUAUAAUCUGGCUAUUUGUACUACCGAGUGUUUUCUUAACAUUGUCUCUCAGUAUGCUACUUUUACGACAGGUUAAGCUCGGGUUGAUAUAGAUGAUGUCAUGAAUAUUGAAGAGGUGGUAAGAUGUGUGUUGCUGUGGUAUAUGUAGACAUGAUGUGCGGAGAUAAGUAUGACGCACAGUUAUGUGUUUACUGUGACAUCAGCCCCUGAUGGCUUGUUUAAAGAAAAUCUCCUCCUAAAGGGCAUUAGACCACUGGUCCGUCGUCACUUGUUUGUUUACUGUUAGCGAUGUAUUGUUGGUCCUGUAUUUUUUAUGAUUAACCCUUUAUGUUUGUAUGAGUGCCUAAGAUUCAUUACGUUUUGUGUUAUUGAUGAAACACAUUGACAUGCUAUCAUUAUGUAAAAUAUUUAGUGAUUGUUUUGUGUUUUGACUCCUCUGACUUUUUAUGAUGUUGUUGUAAUCUUCACUUUUAUUACAUUUUCUUGGGUAAAUAGAACAAUUUAUUUUAUAGUGUACUGUUUGAUUUUAACAAAAAACAACAACAUUUAUUAGCCAAAGAAAUUUAUUGGGGAAAAGUAAGAAAAAAACCCUCAAAAAUUAAAGUACCAUCAAAAGCAA